AUGGAUGGGGCAUCGGGGGAGAUGACGCCGGCCAAAUCUCUCGGUGAAACAAAUCCACACCCGACAUCGAGAAUGGCCCAUCCAACACACGAGCACUCGGCAUGCCAUACCAUGGUAUCAUGCGUCAACCGUGCGCUGCUUCGUUUCACAGCGUUCAUUUGCCAUUGGCACGAUGUUACGUGUGCGAUGUGGGACGCGCUUCACCCACCGACCUUCGAUUCUUGUGCCAGCCCACCUCGUCGUGUCCCUACGACCUUGGCAAACUGGCGGGCCGCCGCCUGCGCACGGCUCCGACGUCCCCAAUUGGAUUGCGAGCAAAUCAGGAGCAGUGCGAGCCGAGAACGAUCUCGUCAGAAUGGGCGACACCCGUCCGAGCCCUCCCCCGUGCAAGUCGAUCGACAAUGCCGAGUCUACUGCCGCGGUCUCCAGCCCAUUGGGUCCGCGUUAUAUCGAAGGCGAGGACGGGUGUAG